CCGGAAACGCCGGCGACAACCGAAGCAGGUGGAGCUCAUUUAUGAGACGUAGAGUGGAAAAACUGAAAUAAAGAACAACCCGUGCCACCUGGCAGACAUCAGUCGGUAUCAGAAACACUGGACAAGCUUAAUCUCUUAGAUUUGAAUGGACCAGGCAGCCAGAAGCACACAGCCCAGCUAGUGAAGCCCGUUAAAGGUUCAGUGAUGCCUGUGAAGAAGAAGAGAAAGCUCCCUGAUGCAGAUGACCAUGAGCGCAAGUGUAAAAUUACGAGCUUCGCACGACCUCAGAUCCGCAGCGCAAGGCUGAUCAGCGCUGCGAAACCGUUCUCCAGUAAGAAGUGCCUGGCCUGGUUCCACGAGUACGCCGGCCCUGACAAGAUUGUUGGUCCAGAGGCCAUGGAAAAGUUCUGUGAAGACAUUGGUGUGGAACCAGAGAAUAUUAUCAUGUUAGUUUUAGCGUGGCAUCUAGAAGCAGCAAAUAUGGGGUUCUUCACAAAGGAGGAGUGGCUCAGGGGAAUGACGUUAUUACAGUGUGACUCCACAGAGAGGUUACAGAGCAAACUGGAUUACCUGCGCAGUGAGCUCAACGAGUCUGUAGUCUUCAAAAACAUCUACAGAUAUGCCUUCGACUUCGCCAGAGAUAAGGACCAGAGGAGUCUGGACAUGGACACAGCUAAAUCCAUGCUGGCAUUACUGCUGGGGAGAACAUGGCCUCUCUUCCCAGUCUUCCAACAGUUCCUGGAGCAGUCCAAGUACAAGGGGAUGAAUAAGGACCAGUGGUAUAAUGUUCUGGAGUUCAGCAGGACCAUCAACACAGACCUCAGUAACUACGAUGAAGAUGGAGCUUGGCCAGUGCUGCUAGACGAGUUUGUGGAAUGGCAGAAAGCAUGGUCAGCGUCAUAGCAGACAUCGUCACAACACCAAAAAGGAGAAGGAGGAAGAGAAGACAAAAACCACAAACACAGGAGGAAUCUCUUUUAUUGUUUAAGAAAAAGGAAAAACACACACACAAAUAUGGACUACAGAAUCAUCCCUGUGGACUCUGGGUACACUCACAUCCCAUCAGAGGUUGUCUCUGUGUCAGCCAACUGUUGUCAAGAGGCCUUUCUCUCACCGAGUAGACUUUUUAUAGUGUUAAUUUGGAGAGAAGAAACAUGGGGAAAAGUUGCUAAAGUAAGAAAACAAAAAAAGUGAACUGAGAGCUGUGGAAUUUAUGUUUUCUUGAUAAUUAUUUUUUUUCCCAUGUUGUGUCUUGUUAAUAGAUGUUUUCACAAUAAUAAAAAGGAAAUGGA